AUGAACCUCAUUGAAGAGCUUCGAGAGUGUCUCCGUAUUUCCGGAUUGCAUCCUGAGCCAGAGCAGUCAAUUGCAGUUGGACUACACAUUGCACGCUUGUUACGAGACGUCCAAUGUUGCUACAGAUGCUGUUUGCGAUUUACUCGCUGUAACAAAAUGAAGAUUUACAAAGCCUCUGAACAGGAUCUUCAAACGGCAUUUAAUUCACUGGCCAAGUUGUUGGAUGUUAAACCUGUCAGUAAUGACGAAGAAGUUCAGGUUGCUUCGGGAUGCCCGGCUUGUCUAGGUGCACUUGGUUGGAUGGACCAACCCGAAAAUAUCCAGGGCAUUUUUGAUAAAAUUGACACCGAAAAUUAUGAUUGCAAACGUGUCAAUCUCAACUGUACUAUGCCUGUCAGCAGUCUGCACAGAAGCCAUCUGUUGGGUGUUUAUGUUUCCGACCGCCUCUCAGAUUUCCCUCCCUCUGUGCUUGAGAUCUGGAAUAGCGAACCUGUGCAUGAUCCUAAAGAUGCCUUUAAGGCUGUGAUAUCCGAUAAAUUGGUGGAAAGAUAUGGCUGGACCAUGGACCCUGUAACCGCACCUUUACGUAUGACAAUAGUGUUGGAUCACUUGGAAACAGCACUUGAACAUCGAUUCUUGACACAAGUCAAGGAGCCUGUAAUGAAGCUUCGUAAAGUGCGCCAAAACCGAAAAAGUAUUGUAGCAGGUGAAUCACGAACCACAAUUACUGAAGCCUUGGCUGCUUUGAGUAAAGAAGAAGCUUAUAGUUUGACAGCAAUUCCUCCCCUUCCUCCAACAACUCAAAUUACAUUGGCAGAUGUAGCAAUGGUUCAUGAAUCAACUAUUGUUGGUGGUCGAUACUUGAAAAUGUCUCGAGAAUAUAGUCAAACACCAUGGGAAAUAAAAGGAAAACGCCUGGCCGAGUUCUCGGUUUCUGAAGCAAUUGAAGAGAUCAUUAAAAGAUACCAUCGAUGUGAUAACAGUAAAUUUGUUACUGCUGGCCGUGAAGAUGCAAAUGUACGCAUGCUGGGAACUGGUCGUCCAUUUUACUGCGAGCUGAUCAAUCCUAGAAAGCCAGUACUUGCAGAUGAAGAGUACAAGAAGAUCGAAGACGAAAUUAACAACCAGGAUUCAAAAGAUGCUGUCCAGGUGCGCCAUCUGUGCAAAAUAUCACCUUCCGAUACAAAAAUUAUCAAAGAAGGCGAAGAGACCAAAUGCAAAUCUUAUAGAGCACUUGUGUGGAUCUCCCAACCAAUAACCGACGAAAUAAUUGAAAAGGUUAACAAAGUUGGCUCUGCUCCUUUCAAGAUUCAACAGACUACACCUCUUCGUGUAUUCCAAAGACGCUCUGCUGCUAUCAGAGAAAAGGAAAUCCACACUUGUCAUUUAGAAAGAGUCGAUGGAGCUUCCUUGAGUGGUGUCGAGAGUCAAUUUGGUGUCCUGACUUUGAAUACACAGGCAGGAACCUACAUCAAAGAGUUUGUUCAUGGUGAUCUUGGGCGCACUCUUCCUAACCUAGCCACAUUAACAGGUGCCGUUGGUGCAGAUCUCAUAGAAUUAGAUGUACUAGAUGUUGAUUUAGUAUGGCCUCCAAAGAAAUGA